AUUUGACGAUUGAAGCGUCAUCAAUCAUGGAUGAGUCUACUAUAUAAAUAUAUAUAACGAUUAAAAAACAAUAGUUUAUUUUUAAUUAAACUUUUCGGUUUUUCCGUCACACAUUUAAUGGUCAUCUUGCAUGAUACAUCUGGCAUAAGGCAGUCAAUAAAAAAUUCAAUAAUAAGAUCCAAUAAAUCUUAUCUCGUAUUUAAAAAGUGAUAAAGUACAGAAUUUAAAAUACUCAAUAGUGUCAAAACAUUAAUUUUUGAAGCGUGCCAAAAUUAUUUUAAAUUCGAGUAUCGCAAUGAUAAAUAUGAUGCUUAAAUUAAUAGUCAUUUGUUUGGUUAUCAAUUCGGUUAUAACAAAUGUACAUUCAUGUCCUAGUGGUUCAUCGAAAACAUUACCAAAAUGUGAUGAGUAUACUUAUAAAAAAUAUGUCGACCGCUCAUCAAUUUUAUCAGAUAUACCAGAUACACGACAAAUCGGACAUUUAUCAUUGACAGGUACUCACAACUCAAUGUCAUACACGACGCCGAAUCCAGAGAUACAGACCCAGGAAUUAAAUAUCACCGAGCAAUUUAAACAUGGAAUUCGCGUAUUCGAAAUCGGUAUCCGUACAGUAUUGAAUUAUUUUACAAUCUAUUCAGGGACUGCGUCAAUGCAUCGAACUCUUUCCGACAUACUUCAUGACCUUAACAAAUGUCUGGAUGAUUAUCCACGGGAAUUUGUUAUUUUAAUAUUAUACCAAGAGUAUAAAGCACGGAAUGAUGAUUUACAUCCGAAUAAUUGUAAAAUACUGGAAGGAUAUUUGACCAACAAUGAGGGAUCCCGUUUGGUUAAAAAUUGGACACUGUCUGAUACUAUAGAUAAAGUUCGCGGUAAAAUAUUGCUAACAACACGCGAUGUAUCAUUUAUCAAUUGUUUAUAUGAAUUAUUUUCACGCUGUUCAUUAUUUGGUUAUUUCGAUCCGUCAACAAAGGACAAUGAGCUAUCGAUAAUCGAUACUAAAUGGAAUGAAUACUUAAAAUUUGUUGAAAACCAGUGGCAUUUAGAAAGUAAAUGUUUUAUUUACAACAUGAGUGUUUUUGAUAAAGAACAUUAUUUCCGCGGAGCUGCUAAAUACGGAGGAUAUUCUUUCAACAAUACAUGCGUCUUGCCAAUUAAUUAUAGAAUAGACGUAUUAUAUCCCGGUUCUCAGCCAAAGACUAUGAAUAUAUAUAUUCUUGAUUAUAUGACACAAAAUGCAGUGGACCAUAUUCAUGAAGUGAAUUUACUUAAUGUACUAUAACAAAGUGUCACCCAACCAUACCUAAAAUGAAAAAUUGUUUUUUAUUUCAAUAAAUUCAAAAAUUAAAUUUUUAGAUGUAAUAUAAAAAACUCUAUCUAUUAUACUUCUCAUUUUAGUACAAAAAUUAUAUUUCAAAUUAAUUUUACAGUAUCAUUUAAAUAAAAUAUAAUUAACGAGCA